GUGAUCACUGGAGGUCAUUAUGACGUUGAUUGUCGGUUGGAAGAUCCUGAUGGCCUUGUAUUGUACAAAGAGAUGAAGAAACAAUACGAUAGCUUCACAUUUACUGCAUCCAGAAAUGGAACAUACAAAUUCUGCUUCAGCAAUGAAUUCUCUACUUUCACACACAAAACGGUGUACUUUGAUUUCCAGGUUGGAGAAGAUCCACCACUGUUUCCUAGUGAGAACAGAGUAACUGCACUUACCCAAAUGGAAUCUGCAUGUGUUUCAAUUCAUGAAGCUUUGAAGUCUGUCAUCGAUUAUCAGACUCACUUCCGCUUGAGGGAGGCACAGGGACGCAGCAGAGCGGAGGAUUUGAACACGAGGGUGGCCUACUGGUCAAUAGGGGAAGCAAUCAUUCUUCUUGUUGUUAGUAUCGGGCAGGUAUUUCUCCUGAAAAGCUUCUUCUCGGAUAAAAGAACCACAACAACCCGUGUUGGAUCAUAACUGGUAGUGGUAAAUGCUUCAGGUCGUUGUGUGCUACUCAGCUGUAAAAAUUUAACUAUUCUCCAGUUAAUUGUAGGUACAAAGGACCUGAAUAUAUGCAAUACUCAAAUG